UGGGGGGCGGGGCCUCCGCCAACUAUGGCGGGCGAGCUUGAGGGCGCUAAACCUCUGAGCGGGUUGCUGAGCGGCCUGGCUCAGGACGCUUUCCAUGGGCACCCGGGCAUCACGGAGGAGCUGCUGCGGAGUCAGCUCUAUCCGGAGGUGCCACCUGAGGAGUUCCGCCCCUUUAUGGCGAAGAUGAAGGGGAUUCUUAAGUCUAUUGCAUCUGCAGACAUGGAUUUCAACCAGCUGGAGGCAUUCUUGACUGCUCAAACCAAAAAGCAAGGUGGGAUCACAUCUGAUCAAGCUGCUGUCAUUUCCAAAUUCUGGAAGAGCCAUAAGACAAAAAUCCGAGAGAGCCUCAUGAACCAGAGCCGCUGGGACAGUGGGCUUCGGGGCUUGAGCUGGAGAGUUGAUGGCAAAUCACAGUCAAGACACUCAGCUCAAAUGCACACUCCUGUUGCCAUAAUGGAGCUGGAAAUAGGGAAAAGUGGGCAGGAAUCUGAAUUUCUGUGUUUGGAGUUUGAUGAGGUCAAGGUCACCCAAGUCCUGAAGGAGCUCUCGGAGGUAGAAGAAAGUAUCAGCACACUGAUGCAGCCAGCCUAGCUGAAGAUGGAGCUGUUGAAGCAAAGGUGUUCAUGAUCCCUCCCCAGGGACCUGCUUUUUUAAAAAAAAAAAUCUUAUUCCCCCAAUAGUAUUAAAUCCUCAAGUUCAAA